AUGGUGGUGGUAGGGGGUUCUACAGUACGGGAUGAAGGGAAUGUAGUGGAGGUGAUUGUGGUGGUAGGGGGUUCUACAGAACAAGAUGAAGGAAUUGUGGUUGAGGUGAUGAUGGCGGUAGAGGGUUGUACAGAACGGGAUGAAGGGAGUGCGGUUGAUAUGAUGGUGGUGGUAGGGGUUUCUACAGAACGGGAUGAAGGGAGUGUGGUUGAUAUGAUGGUGGUGGUAGGGGUUUCUACAGAACGGGAUGAAGAUCCUCUUACCCCGACCACCAACAUCAGCCUCUUACCUCGACCAUCAACAUCAGCCUCUUACCUCGACCAUCAACAUCAGCCUCUUACCUCGACCAUCAACAUCAGCCUCUUACCUCGACCACCAACAUCAGCCUCUUACCUCGACCACCAACAUCAGCCUCUCACCUCGACCAUCAACAUCAGCCUCUUACCUCGACCAUCAACAUCAGCCUCUUACCUCGACCAUCAACAUCAGCCUCUUACCUCGACCAUCAACAUCAGCCUCUUACCUCGACCAUCAACAUCAGCCUCUUACCUCGACCAUCAACAUCAGCCUCUUACCUCGACCAUCAACAUCAGCCUCUUACCUCGACCAUCAACAUCAGCCUCUUACCCCGACCAUCAACAUAAAUCGCUUACCUUGACCAUCAACAUCAGCCUCUUACCCCGACCAUCAACAUCAGCCUCUUACCUCGACCAUCAACAUCAGCCUCUUACCUCGACCAUCAACAUCAGCCUCUUACCUCGACCAUCAACAUCAGCCUCUUACCUUGACCAUCAACAUCAGCCUCUUACCUCGACCAUCAACAUCAGCCUCUUACCUCGACCAUCAACAUCAGCCUCUUACCCCGACCAUCAACAUCAGCCUCUUACCCCGACCAUCAACAUCAGCCUCUUACCUCGACCAUCAGCAUCAGCUGCUUAUCCCGACCAUCAACAUCAGCCUCUAACCCCGACCAUCAACAUCAGCCUCUUACCUCGACCACCAACAUCAGCCUCUUACCUCGACCACCAACAUCAGCCUCUUACCUCGACCAUCAAUAUCAGCCUCUUACCCCGACCAUCAACAUCAGCCUCUUACCCCGACCAUCAACAUCAGCCUCUCACCUCGACCAUCAACAUAAAUCGUUUACCCCGACCACCAACAUCAGUCUCUUACCUCGACCAUCAACAUCAGCCUCUUACCUCGACCAUCAACAUCGGCCUCUCACCUCGACCAUCAACAUCAGCCUCUUACCCCGACCAUCAACAUCAGCCUCUUACCUCGACCAUCAACAUCAGCCUCUUACCUCGACCAUCAACAUCAGCCUCUUACCUCGACCAUCAACAUCAGCCUCUUACCUCGACCAUCAACAUCAGCCUCUUACCCCGACCAUCAACAUCAGUCUCUCACCUCGACCAUCAACAUCAGCCUCUUACCCCGACCAUCAACAUCAGCUGUUUACCUCGACCAUCAACAUCAGCCUCUUACCCCGACCAUCAACAUCAGCUGUUUACCCCGACCAUCAACAUCAGCCGCUUACCCCGACCAUCAACAUCAGCCUCUUACCUCGAUCAUCAACAUCAGCCUCUCACCUCGACCAUCAAUAUCAGCCGCUCACCUCGACCAUCAACAUCAGCCUCUUACCCCGACCAUCAACAUCAGCUGUUUACCUCGACCAUCAACAUCAGCUGCUCACCUCGACCACCAACAUCAGCCUCUUACCUCGAUCAUCAACAUCAGCCUCUCACCUCGACCAUCAAUAUCAGCCGCUCACCUCGACCAUCAACAUCAGCCUCUUACCCCGACCAUCAACAUCAGCUGUUUACCUCGACCAUCAACAUCAGCUGCUCACCUCGACCACCAACAUCAGCCUCUUACCUCGACCAUCAACAUCAGCCUCUUACCCCGACCAUCAACAUAAAUCGCUUACCCCGACCAUCAACAUAA